AUGGCGGUCUGGUAUCUCUCGUCCCUUCUACUAUUCCUAGUACUCUCCAUCUUCACCAAGCACUUUCUGAACAAAAUCCACAACCUCCCACCAACCAUAUUUCCAUGUUUACCGAUCAUCGGCCAUCUCUAUCUCCUCAAGCAACCAAUCUACAGAACCUUCUCUCGAAUUUCCAAGCAAAACGGCCAUGUUCUUUUGCUCCGAUUUGGGUCCCGUCAAGUCCUUGUCGUCUCGUCGUCGUCAGCUGCCGAAGAGUGUUUUACCAAAAACGAUAUCUUUUUCGCCAACCGCCCUCGCUUUCUCAUCGGUAAACACUUGGCUUAUAAUUUCACCUCCAUCUCUUGGGCACCCUACGGUGAACAUUGGCGCAACCUCAGGCGGAUUGCUUCCCUCGAGCUCUUAUCAGCCACCCGCCUCCAAAUGUUGUACCACAUCCGAGCUGACGAGGUGAAGAAGAUGAUUCGCAACAUCUUGGAAAGUCAAGAUAACCUUGUUGAAUUGAGAACAUCGCUUUUCGAGUUGACGCUCAACAUGAUGAUGAGAAUGAUAGCCGGAAAACGUUACUAUGGCCAGAACGUGGAAGAUGUUAAAGAAGCAAAGAGGUAUCGUGAGUUUCAUGCAGAGACCUUUACGUUGAGUGGUUCAGCUCCUAUUGGAGAUUUCAUACCAUGGGUUAAAUCUUGGGAUCUUGAAAAGAGGAUGAUAGACUGUCAAAAAAAGAGAGAUGAGUUCAUGCAAGAUUUGAUAGAAGAGCGAAGAAGGAAGAUGAAAGCUGAUAAUUCUGAUGGAGAAAAGAAGAAGGCGAUGAUUGAUGUCCUAUUGUCGCUGCAAGAAUCAGAGCCAGAAUAUUACAGUGAUGAGAUCAUAAAAGGGUUGAUGCUAGUUCUUCUGAUGGCUGGGACUGAUACGACCAUCAAUACCAUGGAAUGGACACUGUCUCUGUUACUAAACCACCCAGAAGAGCUUAAACGUGCUCAAAUGGAAAUAGAUAAUCACAUACCAGAGGGUUGUCUUCUUCAAGAAUCGGACUUGCCUCACCUUCCAUAUCUUCGCUGCAUCAUAAAUGAAGCAAUGCGUAUGUGCCCAGCAGUCCCCGUGUUAGUACCUCAUGAAUCAUCGGCAGAGUGCACAGUAGGCGGAUUUCGCAUUCCAGCUGGGACGACAUUAAUGGUAAAUGUGUGGGCAAUACAUCAUGAUCCUAAGAUUUGGGAAGAUCCAGAAAAAUUCAAGCCGGAGAGGUUUAGAGGGAUUUCGAAGACUGCCGGAGCUGGAGUGAAGGAUGGGUUCUUUCUGAUGCCAUUUGGGUAUGGAAGGAGAAGUUGUCCAGGUGAUGGAUUGGCUAUGAGGGUGAUAGGGUUGACUCUUGGCUCGUUAAUUCAGUGCUUUGAGUGGUCGAGGGUUGACGAUGAGAUGGUGGUUAUGACUGAAGGAGUUACCUUCACCUUGCAGAGGGCCAAGCCUCUACAAGCUAAAUGUCGUCCAAGAGCCGCCAUGGCUGACCUUCUUUCUCGAAUAUGA